AAAUUGAAACCAUGCAUGGUGUCUGCAACAGUGUUGCAAUUAACGCUACAAUGCCUGAACCUACCAAGUCCGCUCCCGCCCCGAAGAAGGGCUCCAAGAAGGCAGUGACCAAGGCGCAGAAGAAGGACGGCAAGAAGCGCAAGCGCAGCCGCAAGGAGAGCUACUCCGUGUACGUGUACAAGGUGCUGAAGCAGGUGCACCCCGACACCGGCAUCUCCUCCAAGGCCAUGGGCAUCAUGAACUCCUUCGUCAACGACAUCUUCGAGCGCAUUGCUGGCGAGGCUUCCCGCCUGGCGCAUUACAACAAGCGCUCGACCAUCACCUCCAGGGAGAUCCAGACGGCCGUGCGCCUGCUGCUGCCGGGAGAGCUGGCCAAGCACGCCGUGUCGGAGGGCACCAAGGCCGUCACCAAGUACACCAGUUCCAAGUAACUUUCCAAAAUGCCCCUGAGUACCGAGGACUGGAAGAGGCAGAAAGGGAAAGAAAACCCCCUUGUGGAAGGAUGUAGCUUCUGCACAAGGUUGCCUUAUCGUGGAGUGGGAAUCUGAAAUACCCAAAUGUCUAUUUUCCUCAGUGGAGCCAAACCAAAAAACUCCAACCUUCUCUGGAUGUGCCUGGUCUUGGACUCCCUAGAAUCUUUCUCUGGGUUGCUGCAUGUACACAGCCUCUGUCCUGGAGGCAAAAGUUGGAGGAAGCUUGGAUCAGAACCAUGCCCAAGAUUUCCCUGCUGUUGCAUUGUUUGAAGCUGACAUCCUGUGUCUGUACACAGCUGCCACUGUUGUGUCCUUGCUCUGCUUGCUAUUGCCUCAUACCAGGUCCUGUCCUGCCAUGACAGCCUUCAUCCUACCCAUGAAAUCCCAAGGCCAAGUUUGCUUCAAACUUUGCGGGAACAGACUUGGCCUGCAUCUGGAUCAUAUUGUUCUCAGCUUGAACAUCUCCCCUACCACAGACAGAAAAGGUGAACACCUACAGCUGAGGCUUGGAAAUUUUUUCUGUGUUGACCUGAAAGAUCUUCUGAGACCUCAAGGAGACUGCCUCUCUUAAAAAGUGGAGAAAGUUGCCAUUUUCCUCCUAGGGUCUGGUGGAGUCUCCCCAUCUUGCAUCCCCAUUCUGUAAACCAUCUAUCCCUGCCCACCCUCCUACUGACUCCAACAGAUAACAAGGGAUGAAAAGGACCUGAGGGCUGUGGGGAACCCUGCCAGCUGUGGAAGCCCUGUGGCAGGAAAGUAUAUGUGGACAUAGAGUAUAUCUGACUUCUUUUCUUCAGCCACUGAUUGGGUUGGGCAGUGAAUGAUAGACAAUGGAAUGGCUGGAGUCUGCUGCCAUUAGAAGCUAGGGAGGAAGAUGAAGGACUGAACCACAGACUGGGAUAUGCGUCGGGUACAGUCAUAACUCUGUGUUCACUGUUGGUGGGAUGUAGGCAACACAGAGGAGUUUGUGGUCUUGUUGCUCACUUACCACAAUGCUUUUGACCCUCCUUUUCAACUGGUUCCUCCACUGAGUUCAAAGGCUGGCAGUAGGAGACAGUAUCCCUGGCUAACAAGGGCUUACCUGUUACCUUAGGGACCUCAUUGCUUUUAGCCUGUGCCCUUCCCUGCCGCUGCCCUCCCAGUGGUUGGUAUGUGGGAAACCCAUUUCAGUUCCUGUGACCCAUGUCUUGAACCAGGCAUAAGCAUCUGGUCUUUGUGAGGACAGUGGAAUCUGAGGCCUUUCCCUGUUCCUUCUGGUGCCUGCUCCACAUUGUACCAGAUAUUGGACUCCAGGACGCCCUCCUCCUUCCCUUUAGGUCAUGCAGCCAUGUACUGUAUCCAGCAUCACAGAAACCUCAACGUUUUUCCUCUGCUGUGUCUGGGGCACAAAGAAGCCUUGGGGUGUGGUGAAAGGCUGUUCUUACCAGGAGUACACUCACAGGCCAGGGGGCUGCCAUCUUCUUCAUAGACAUUCCCAAAAGAGGAACCCCCUUGGGGCAGAAAGGUAAAAACUUCAUCUCAACAUAGAUUGGUGGUUGGCGCCAGCGGAGGGAGAAACUUCUGUUUUUUUUAAUGGCAUUUCACUGUCACUCAGGCUAGAGUGCAAUGGUGUGAUUUUGGCUCACGUAACCUCCGCCUCCCAGGUUCAUGCCAUUCUUUUGCCUCAGCCUCCCCAAGUAGCUGAGACCUGAGACUACAGGCAUGUGCCACCAUGCGAGGCUAAUUUUUGUACUUUUAGUAGAGAGUUUCACCAUCUUGGCGAGGCUGGUCUCAAACCCCUGACAUCAGGUGAUCUUCCCACCUUGGCCUUCAAAAGUGCUGGGAUUACAGGCAUGAGCCAACGUGCCCAGCCUCUUUUUCUUUUCCUUUCUUUUUCUUUCUUUCUUCUUUCUUUCUUUCUUUCUUUCUCUCUCUCUCUCUUUUCUUUCUUUUUGUAUCAUUAUAGGAGUUAAUGUUGCAAAGAGUAGUUUACAUCUUCAAUAUCUGAAGGCACUUGGAUUUAGGACCCACGUAUCUGUGACAAGCAUGCCAGAAGUGGCAGGGGCCAUCAGGGCUAAGCUACUUCAUACCCACCACCCUCCCAUGAGGAUCCAAGACCUCAGACACAAAGCGACAGUCUGCCCCAAUCCCUCUGUUCCUCAUAUCUCAUUCAAGGUUCAUCCAUGUCCAACACUUGAACAUUAAACAUCAUAAGGUCUGUAUGCCUCAAUCCUGUUAAGGGGCAGGUUUCUCUUUCGCCCUGUCUUGCACCUGGAAAAAAAAUGCACUACCAGUUAAAGAAGGGCCAUCCAGCCCUGCCCCAGCCUGGACCCCUGGGGCUCAGAUAGAGGUGAAGCCCCUAUGUCAAAGUUGUUAAACAUUUUUGUUUUGUUCCAUCAAUCCCUUUCCUGGUGAUCAAUUUUACAAAAGUAAGUAAGCUGCUUAUGAGAAGUCCCUGGAAGUGAGAAGAAGGGUCAAGGAGGAUAACUGCAAAGGGUAAGGAUUGUUGUUAAAAAAGCCUGGGUAAUCUGAAUCACCUGGCACCCUCCCGAAUGGAAUCCUCCCAUGCUGAAGGGUCCUUGGAGUUCCCCAACCCCCACCUACGCCCCCUUAAGGCAUGUUGAUCCUGAAGGUUAUAACUUAGAGCCAUUUCUCACUAGAGACAAAAACUUGUCAUCUGGCUUUGCAGAGAAGGUUCCACCUUAUGCUCAUAGUACAUUAUCUUUACUAUGGGCUAGGGUAUGAUACUUGAAGGAGCUUGUGUUAUAACAAUAUUAUUGAGAGUAUCUGCUUUCCAGGCUUAAGUGAUUCAUUUGUUAUUCUAGUCCUGCUUUAGUCCUUCGUAAUUUGUGGUAAUUAUGCUUUUCUUUUCAAUACAUAAAAAGUAUGUAAAAAUAAAAACUUGAUAAGGCAGAAAAAAUUUAAAAAAUUUGUGAACAUAAUUAAAAAAACACUAUAUCUCUUUUUUUAUGUUUGAAAUACUUGAAUGCAAAAAACAUUUGUGCUUUAAAGACUAUAUAGAAAUCAAAUAUACAAUCACCUAGCUCCGAUACCUUUAUAAAUGGUAGGACCAUUAAGAAUUUCGACAAUUCAGACUACAAUGGACCACCAUCCACAGAGACAAAGCCCAAUAAAAUCCCCUCAUAAUAUCCUGAUGGUCUUUUCCCUGAUACUGUAAAGGAUACAGUUGUAUCUCUACAGUGUAUAUAAAACGUUAGACUAGCAUAUAGCUGUUACUUUUCUAAAAAUACGCACUGAAUGUAUUAAUUCAUCUGAGAAAUCUUAAACUGCAGUCUGUAAAGCAAUUCUCUAGUGCAUGAUUGUUGUUAGAAUGUUGAACAAACAGAUUUGGCCUUCUGAAGGAAAACAAUAAAUUAAAGCAGAAAAAUUAGUACUUAUAAUACAAAUUUUAAAUCCUAGAAAAUACUGUAGAGUAUGAAAAUAUUUUUAAAAAUGGAAAAAACAAAUCGAUGAAAUUUAAAUUGUACAAGAAGUUAAAGCUGUUAAUAAUUUAUAAAACUUAAGAUUAAUGAUUAAUAGUAAUAAAAAAAAAAAGUUCCACGUAUAAGAUUAACAGAUUAAGACUCAGCAGAGAGAGGUAUAAAGAAAAGAAACCAAAUAGAAGAAAUUCGUACGAAGGAUUUGGGAGGAAAUUCAUGAAGUGUGCAACAUUCCAUAGGCACUGGCUUGGGCACUGCAGAUACAUAGAGAGAAAAGGUGGUCCUUGAUUUCCUGGAGCCAUCAGUUAAGGAGACUUACAGCUAAUUGUUUCAUUUUCCUUUGUCUUUCACUAAGGCCUAAAAAAGUGUUUCUCAUGCUUUGGAAAUAUUCAAGAAAGUCAAUUAACUUGGGCUCAUAUAGGAACUACCAAAGUCAUUGAAUCAAGGCAAACAUAUUCUUUUUUUUAGUAAUAAAGAAAAUAUCAUUUUGUUUUAAAAUUAAAAAAUAUUUAUAAAUACAAAUGAUAUUUUAUAAAUAUUACAGCCAAGUCAUAAUUACUUUUUAGGAGAUUGGGGAGAGCAUGAGAAAAAUGGUGAGAGAAAUUGAAAAGGACUCAGAAAAGGAAUGGAAGCAGACUGCUACAACAAAAGGGAGAAAAAGAGCUUGGGUACCUAACAGAAACUUAUAGCAGAAUGUGGUAGAAAGGCAGAGAAAAACAAAAAGGGGCCACGAAUACAUAGACCCUGUCAUAUACUUGGUGUCUCAGUUGUCUGUCAAAUAAUAACUCAAAUAUUUCUUAUACUUCAUGGGUUUUGGAUUAAGUAGAUUGAUGAAAAUGUCACCACAUCUGAGAGAUUUUCUCUGUGCAGCAAAUGUCAAAUGACACCCUUCUAUCCUCGUUCUCAACUUGCUGUUUGCAUUCCUCUUCACUAUAUUUAGCACUGACUAACUUAAAUUUGUUUUUUGUUGGCCUCCCCUUCUGAUCCUGAAGACUGUAAGGUCCAUAAAAACAGGGAGUUCACCUUUUUGGCGGCUGGUUUCCUAAUGCCUAAGGCUGUUCCAGUAACAUGGUAGACUCUCAGAAAGUAUUUGCAGCAUAACAUAAUUUCUAAAGUAAUUAAAGUGCACAAAUAUCUAUAACCACAGGAAGAGAGGUCGCUAAUGAGUUGUCACAAAACUCAGAGUGACUCAGAUUUUCUGGGUCUCAGUUUCCUCAUGUAUACAAAGAGGAUAAUAGUAGUAGAUCCCUUCUAAAAGUUAUUUUAAGGAUUGAGAUAGCUCAUGUAAAGCUCUUGAAACAGUGAUGGACCUUUAGUAAGCACUUAGCACUAUUUAACAGUUAUCAUAUUUUCCUUUUCACCAAGUUAAAAUAAAAAUCAGUGUUCAAAUCUUUUCAGGUCAAAAACAAAAGGGAGAGAAUUUGAGCUUUUGAACAUUUGAAUCCCACCCAAGAAGGAUAGUUGGAGAAUUUGAAACAAAGAUCACAUUAGUCAGUAAUAUUUCUUAAGCAUGACUUACUAGAUGUUAAUGCUACUAAAGUGUAGCCAGAACUGAACCAGAGAUUCCUAAUAGUUCAUUAUACAAGCACACGUAAAAAGAAUCCUCUUUGUAUAGAAGAUACUGGUGAUGGCAAACCUAGUAACUAAACCCUCCUUAUUUCUUCAAUCAGAGGAGAGACAUGAAGGCAGAAGAGAAAUUAAUACUUAAAAUAACUGACAAUACUAAUCUAUCAAUAGAACUUAUGAAGUAUGAAGUCUCAUCUACCUGAAAAUGAUUGACUGUGUCCAUAUUCUACACAAAUCCAACUCAUCCUUGUUUGCUACACACUGGUUCAUGAAACAAUUACCGAGGAGAAAAACUAAAUAAGGUGUUUUCACUUCAUGUUAUUUUUUGAGUUUAUAAAAAUAAAAAUAGAAUUUACUUAAGUUACAAACCUAAUUACUGGGACUUCAUUAGUUAUCAAGGACUACCUUUGCUAGGAAAAGUCUGAAUGAGAAGAUGGCAGUAAGUUUGUAAAAAAAAAAAAAAAAAGUUAUAAUUAAUAAAAUCUGCAAAUUGUAAUUCUGCAUUCAUUGUUGAUCCAAAUCUUUCUUCUAACACCUCCCCUUUGUAGAAAUCUACUUACCUUCCUACCUACCUCCCCACCUAUUUUCACUUUACUUUCCGGCAUAAAGGUCAACACUAAUUUGGUUUUGGUAAUGAAGUUAAAAACAGGUUAGUCUAUGCUAAGCUACCAUUUGAAAGCUCUUCUCUAGCAUCUGAAUUAUUAAGGUAAACAAUAUUUUGAAGCAAUCACAAAACUUUUCUGAUGCAUUAGAUCUGGAGUAGGACCUGGUAAUUUAUACUUCUAAAUUAUCCAGGUGAUGCUGAUGUUGCCGGUCCGGAGACCACAUUUGGGGAACUUUAUUUUAAAGGACAUGAAAUUGCCCUAAAAUGCUUAUACUAUAUGGCCACACAAAGCCGGAAGAUCGCACAGAAUUUCAAACCGAAGAUGAGAGGUCCUGAAACAUGGCAGCGGCCAUCCUACUCCCGGUGCGGCUACGCGGGCACGAAAAGGAGUCAGGAUGGGUAGUGCUGCUCCACGCCGGCUCCCUCUAAGGUCAUCCCAUCAACCCUCGCCCCAAACGCCAGCGCCCCUUCAGGCUCGUCCAGCCACGCCCCUCCGUACCCUGACGUCAGAGCCACACGUUACGCCGCCGCCGCGUUACGCCCAUCCGGCUCCCUCAUAGGGCGUCCCGUACGUUUUACGUCAGUGCGACGCGCGCGUCCGGAAGGUUACUUCUGGGCCGCGGACGGUGGUUCCUAGUCCCCGCCGACCCGGCCCCGCUCUUCUGGAGCCACCAGACCGCCGGACAUUGGAGACUUGGAACAAUCUGCUGAGUCGUUUACAGUGUAAAAACAGAGGGCUGGCUGGGCGCAGUGGCUGACGCAUGUAAUCCCAGCACUUUGGGAGGCCGAGGCGAGCAGAUCACGAGGUCAGGAAAUCGAGACCGUCCUACCUAACACGGUGAAACCCCGUCUCUACUAAAAAUGCCAAAAACUAGCCGGGCGUGGUGGCGCGCGCCUGUAGCCCAACUACUCGGGAGGCUGAGGCGGGAGAAUCGCUUGAACCUGGGAGGCGGCGGUUGCGACGAGCCGAGAUCGCGCCACUGCACUGCAGCCUGGGCAAGAGAGCGAGAGUCGGUCUCAAAACAAACCAAAAAUACUGAGGACCGAAAAUUUUGAAGACUGAGAAGCCAGGCAGCAGCCCUCCCUUGAUCUUUUUUCCAGGCGGCUCAAACCAACGGGAAGAGUGAGGAAGGAGGAAGAACAUUUCGACUUCAGUCUCUCAGCAUCCUGCUUUCUUCUCCGGGAGCUGCCACUUCCCCUCUUCACUAGUGCUGAAAUUAGGCUUCCCAACUCCAACGAGACCUUUCUUGCACCUCCCUUAUUGUUCUCACGCCCGUAGGACUCUUCGUGUGAGGACCAGGAUCGAGUCUUACCCUGUCAUCCAGGCGGGAGUGCAGUGUCCCAAUCUUGGCUCACCGCAGCCUGCACCUUCCAGGUUUAAUCGAUUCUUCUGCUUCAGCCUCCCAAACAGCUGUCAUUACAGCAGCAUCAGCCUUUACUACUUGCCUUCUGUGGUACAGCAUUUGCUACCUUGUUUCUCAGCUAGUCUUCGCUACUUUGUUUCUGAUAGCCAUGAAGAAUGUUAACCUCAGCUUGCCGUCAGUUUUCUUACACUAAUAGAGAAAAC